AUGGACUCGGAAGACGGCGAAUUUUUCGUCAAGCAACUCGCUAGCUUUGUGCGAACACACGAAAAGGCACUUGCCAACGCGCUUCAGUUUAGGAGGCAGAACACACCUCGCCAUGGCGCCUCACACAGCGUGUCGUCCAUCUCGACAGGGGCUGUGCCACCAUCCCCAUCGGUACCCGAAAGACCCGCAACGUCUGCCUCGACAUCGAGCACGCUCGCUGCCGCCCUCUCGCUCGGGACGCUAAACUUCACAUCCCACACUGUCAAGUCGGCGAAGUUGGCCCUUACACCACACCAUCUAUUUUAUCUGCUCUCUCGUUUCGAAGAUUUGGGGAUUCCUGUCGGCCCGAUGAAAGUACGCCUGGAGAACCUGCACGACAGCACCACCUCGGCCAAUUACGUCUCUUUUCUUGGUCAAUCGCAGCGUUCCAAGAGCCGCGGCUCCGAUGUCGGUUCGAUCCGCUCCGUCUCGAGCAUUAGGAGCGUGGUGUCAGGCAUGUCUGCGUUAUGGUCUAGCUUCGGGCUCGGAUCGAGCAUAUCCGCCGCCCGGACAGAAAAGCAAAAGGCCGCUCUUCAGGCCGACUUGAAAUACCUAUACUCCGCCUUCACCAAGAUCCCGUGCUUGAGGUUGGCACCGGACUGGCGAGCCCGACUUAUCAAGGGCUACGAGGAGUUCCCAUUCGAUUCGGCAGUGCCGCUGUAUGUGUUCAAAAACGUUCAGGCGCUUGAGGUUAGCGACAUCGACUUCCGACAGUUUUUCGGAUGGGACAGGCUUGCCGACCAGCUCAGAUCCCUCACGCUCAAGCGUGCCAGUAUCGACGACCCAGCGGACUUUCUGAUUGACAUCGUGUUGGACGACAUGGACAAGAGACGUCGUCGGACUUCUAAAGGCCACGCAUCACCCACACGGCCGUGGCCUGGGGCCUCGAGUCCUCGACGAAGCCCGACAGGGUCCAACAGUGAUCUUCACAGGUCAGCGCCCAUCCCGGGCUCCUCUCCUGAACCACGGAGGUCGACGGUAGACUUGCAGGUUGGGUCGCUCAACAGCGAAGUCGGAGCCGACGGAUCCAGUGGGCCGGAUAGCCGGAGGCCAUCCGUUGUCAGGAUCGAUGGUGAUGAGCCGGGCUCGCCUUCCAAAGACGGUACCCGACCCCGGAGCCAUUCUCCACGGCGCCCGGGAAGCUCCAGGCACCAAUCGACCAACGUGCGCGGUUCCUACAAAAUUCGGAGGUCGGGGUCUGGCAGUUCCCAUUCGAGCCUUUCUGACUCGUGGCAUAACUCGCGCGGCAGCUCCUCAAACCUAUUGGCCAUGGGCAUCCUCCCGGCUUCCAAGUGGCGCUUCCUCAAGCACCUGAGUUUGGCUGAUAACUCGCUAACUGCGAUCCCCGCAGGGAGUUUAAAUCCCCUCGCCAAUACUCUCAACUCGCUCGACCUUUCCUCCAACUUAUUCACCCAGAUUCCUGACAGUCUGGCGACUCUUACCGCGCUCCGCGCUUUGAACUUGGCUCAUUGCAUGAUCGACUCUCUGCACUCGCUUACGCGUAAUCCGCUACCGGCAAUCAGCGCUCUCAACCUCCGUGCGAACCGCUUGCACUCCCUUGCAGGAAUCGAGAGGCUCUUACCCCUCGAGAGGCUAGAUCUGCGGGACAACCGUCUGGCUGACCCCAUGGAAUUAGCCCGGUUGACCGGGAUUCCGGAAAUCCGCGAGAUUUACGUCGAAGGCAACCCAUUCACGCGCACCCAUCGCGACUACCGUAUCACCAUCUUCAACCUAUUUCGCCAGACCCCAGGAUAUACGGAUGACAUCACGAUCGAUGGCACGGGACCGACAUACGCGGAAAAGCGGUAUUUGGUCGAGCGAGCCGAAAUCCCGCCCGCCGUGCCUGUAGUCAAGCCCGAAACCCCGGAGAUGCCUGCCGUCGACGUGAGCAGGCCCACUAUCAUCUACGAUGCUCCGAAAGAGCCCGCGGUCCUGCGGAAAGACCGACCUGUAGCAAAGACAGUCUCAAGUGAAGUUAAUACCAGCUCGACACGACGUCGCAGGGCGCCCAAGCGCCGUAUAGUCGAUCUCGCUACCAACGAUAGCCCUAUACCCUAUGCACGCCCUGUCGACUCCCAUGUGCGCCCCGUCGACUCCCAUGUGGCUGUUGUCAACAACACAGUGGGGUCGGAGAAUCACUACCGCACUUCGCAACCACCCGAGACCCACGACACGCCCCGGACUACAUUGGCUGAAAGCCCCGUCCCAAACAUGGUGGAGGCAUCCCGAGAAGUCCCCAGAAUUGACACCAAUGUUGUCCCUCAAUUACCUGCCAUUUUUGGGUCCCCGGGAAACCACCUUGACUGGGAUGUUGAAGGCGAAAUUUACCGCCAAAAGAUCGAGGAUCUCCGCAACAAAGUCGGAAACGGUUACCUGAGCGUCCUCAGCGAGGAGACAUGGGACCCCGCACCCCACCCGCCAGACUAUCACCAGGCCGCCGACUUCGGCGCCACUUCUCCCUCUCUUCACUCGGACCCCACGAUGCCUCGGCCGAACUUGCAGGCCAUCCCGAGCGGUGGGACCUUUGCUUAA